UACUGGUAGUAGCCCUCAUGUGCUGUGCAGUGGCAAUGGUGAAGGGUUACGAUCAUCAAGAGGACGGUGAAGGAGGAGAGAGGAGAGACAGGGAGAGGAUGUUCCUGUUGCGGGACAUGAAGCGGGUUGUGAGGACUGAUGCAGGGGAAAUAAAGGUGGUGAGGGGCUCUCACGGGUGGAUUUCGGACAUGGCCAAUAUUCAUGUUGGGUUUGUCACCAUGGAGCCCGAUUCCCUCUUCGUCCCUCAGUACCUCGACUCCGACCUCAUCCUCUUUAUCCGCAGAGGUAACAAUAUUUUAUCCCUAUCUAGUUAAAACUCGACCUGGUAC